AUGGCCGACAGGAUAAAGCAAAUCGCCAGCCACCUCAACUACCCACAAGGCCUCCUCGCCGGCCAGGUAGCCAUCAUCACCGGUGCCGCCCAAGGUAUCGGAGCCGAGUGUGCCAGACUCUUCGCCAACGAAGGAGCCAAGGUUGUUGUCUCUGACAUCGACGCCGCCAAAGCCCAAGCUACUGUGGACAAGAUCAAUGCCAACGGAGGCAAGGCCAUCUCUGUCCCCGGUGACCUUCUCAAGGACGACUAUAUCAAGGAGCUGGUGAAGAAGGCUGCCGAGUUUGGCAAUGGCAAGAUUCACAUUAUCGUGAACAAUGCCGGUUUCACGUGGGAUGCUGUCAUUCACAAGAUGACCGACAAGCAAUGGGAAACCAUCAUCGCCCUCCACGGCACGGCCCCCUUCAAGCUCAUUCGCGAAGCCGCCCCCUUCUUCCGCGUCAAGGACGGCGAGCCACGCAACAUCAUCAACAUCUCUUCUACCUCUGGUCUGCACGGCAACGCCGGCCAGCUCAACUACGCCAUGGCCAAGGCCGGCGUGGUCGGCCUCAGCAAGACGAUAGCCAAGGAAUGGGGUCCGGCCUUCGGUGUCAGGGCGAACACCAUUGCUUUCGGACACAUCGAGACCCGGUUGACUGCCAACAAGGAGGCUGGUGCGUUUAUCGAGGUUGAUGGUCAAAAGGUUGCUUUGGGUAUUCCUCAGAAGCAGAACGCUCAGAAGACUGGCGAACCGGUCCCCUUUGCGGAUAUCCCCAUGAGGAGGCCCGGUUCAGCAACUGAGGCUGCCAGUGCUGUGCUUGCCAUUGCUUCACCUCUGAGCUCGUACAUCUCUGGACAGACUAUUAGCGUGACGGGCGGCAGGAAUUGCUGA